GCCGGUCUCUCUCCGAGGAAGCUUCCACUCCGGUCGCCGGGCGCUGCUCUUGGAGCUGGAACAGUGAGCAGAAUGAGUACCUCACAGGACCAGAGUGGCUGCUCCAGUAAUAGAGAACCCCUUUUGAGGUGUUGUGAUGCACGGAGGGACUUGGAGCUUGCUAUUGGUGGAGUUCUCCGGGCUGAACAGCAAAUUAAAGAUAACUUGCGAGAGGUCAAAGCCCAGAUUCACAGCUGCAUAAGCCGUCACCUGGAAUGCCUUCGAAGCCGUGAGGUGUGGCUGUAUGAACAGGUGGAUCUCAUCUAUCAGCUUAAAGAAGAGACACUUCAGCAGCAGGCCCAACAGCUCUACUGGUUACUGGGCCAGUUCAAUUGUCUUAUUCAUCAACUGGAGUGCACCCAAAACAAAGAUCUAGCCAAUCAAGUCUCUGUGUGCCUAGAGAGACUGGGCAAUCUGACCCUCAAACCUGAAGAUUCGACUGUCCUACUUUUUGAAGCGGACACAACUGCUCUGCGCCAGGCCAUCACCACAUUUGGAUCCCUCAAGACCAUUCAAAUUCCUGAGCACCUGAUGGCUCAUGCUAGUUCAUCCUCAAAUAUUGGGUCCUUCCUGGAGAAAAGAGGCUAUAUCCCAUUGCCAGAACAGCAGAAGUCAGCAUCCAGCACCAUGGCUGUCCCUCUCAGCGAAUGGCUCCUUGGAAACAAACCCGCCACUGGUCGGCAGGCUCCUUAUAUACCCAGCACCAACCUCCAGGACUGGCUUACCCAGAAGCAGACCUUGGAGAAUAGUCAGACUUCUGCCAGAGCCUGCAAUUUCUUCAGUAAUGUCUGGGGCAACCUGAAGGGCUUAGAAAACUGGCUCCACAAGAGUCAGCAACAAGAGGUCCCUGAAAAACCAACUUACCAAAAGUGUAAUAGCCGUUCUACUACCAGUUCUUACUCCACUGAAAUUGAAAAGGUUGGAGAUCUGGAGCUUCUUGAUCAAGAUGAGAUGGAUCUUUCUGACUGGCUGGUGACUCCUCAGGAAUCCCAGAAGCUGGAGAAGCCUGGCAAAGGCAGCUGUGAAGCCAGUGAGAAGUUUAAGCUCCUGUUUCAGGUGUUCCAGGAGCCCUAUAGUGUGAGUGAGUGGCUUCUCAAGCCCGAUUCCUGCACCAAUUGUCGGGGCAACCAGCCCAAAGGUGUGGAGAUUGAAAACCUGGGCAAUCUGAAGUGCCUGAAUGACCACUUAGAGGCUAAGAAACCCUUGUCCACUCCCAGCGUGAUUACUGAGGAUUGGCUUGUCCAGAACCAUCAGGAGCCAUAUAAAGUAGAGGAGGUGUGCAGAGCCAAUGAGCCCUGUACGAGCUUUGCGGAGUGUGUGUGUGAUGAAAACUGUGAGAAGGAAGCUCUGUGUAAGUGGCUUCUGAAGAAAGAAGGGAAAGAUAAAAAUGGUGUGCCUGUGGAACCAAAUCCUGAGCCUGACAAGUGUAUAGAUUCCCUGAGUGUGUGGCUCUGUCCUUCCAGAAAAGAGGCAACAGAACAAGCUAAGACAUCAAAGGCAGUGGCUCCUUCUAGUAUUGCUAAUUCCUUCCAAGUCAUAAGGAGCAGUCCCCUGUCAGAGUGGCUUAUCACACCUUCCUGCAAAGAAGGAUGUCCCAAGGAAGUGCCUAUUACUGAGGACAGAGCUGGCAAACAAAAGCUUGUGAACCCCGUGGCCACAGCUGACUGGGUUUUGCCAGGAAACAAGAUGGGAAACCUCAGCCAGUUAUCCUCAGGGGAAGACAAGUGGCUACUUCGAAAGAAGGCCAAGGUGAGCACAGGCAUCAGAAUAACACCAUUUUAA